AUGCGGCUGAGGUUACCCAAAUGAGGGGUUCAUGCAGGGGCCGCAUAUUACACGACCGUAUAACUUCUAUCAUCUUUUCUGCCCAAACAUCUUACAAGCCUGCAUGGAAUGCUUAUGGCUUUAAAUUCACCGAUACAUGGUCCAGUAAAAGAUAAUGCGGAGUCGUGAUAUUUUUCACCAUGGUUUAUUGCAUAUCAAGUACUGGAUAUUCAUACGACGAUCACCAUUUAAAGCUUUAAUCUAUUAUACUGUCAUAUGCAUAUGGUCUUGCUCAUAGGUUAGUGAUCUGUGGUCUAAGUCGCCCGUUCAUUCAGCUGAAUUCUCGUGAUUAUCUUGGCGCGGGGCUGGCAGAUUCUUGGAUGCAAAUAGCCAUAUAUCAGUACUUGGUAACAUACGCCGCCUGCGCCUUUACCCAACUCUUCCAAUACAACAAUAAAUGUUAGUUAUAUGCGCAUGAUUCCCUCUUGCUCUCACAAAUCACUCAAAUUCUCUCAUUCCAUCUCACAGUUGCAGCUAAGGAUUUACCCCGAUAACCGCUGUACUAGCACAGCGAGCACUUGGAAUUAUGGCUGCAAUCCCGGCACUCAGCUACCCAAUCACUGGGCCUCCAAAGCUUCCCAGCUCCUGCUGACGGUAAAUUUGACGGUUUCUCGCUACUUUUCAUUCUGCUAAGACUUUUAGGAUCUGUCCCUCUGAGACGUGAAAUUCGUGACCUUCAACGCAACUUCCCUGAUCAAUGGACACUUUAUAUACUUGGACUUCAGGCUUUUCAACAACUUGACGAGAAGUCAGAUUUAUCAUGGUAUGGAAUCGCUGGUAUGUAUCUCAGAAAUACUUCUAUAAACAUGAAAUAUUUUUCUGACAUGUAAAGGUAUUCAUGGACGUCCAUAUCGUCCUUGGGGUGGAUCUCAAGGAGAUAACUCUCCUGGAUGGCAAGGCUAUUGUACUCAUAGCUCUAUUCUUUUUGCGCCAUGGCAUCGUCCUUAUCUUGCAUUAUUCGAAGUAAGUGGAUAGUCCAUCUAUAUCCUUCUGUCCUUCAUUCUAACACUCAUAUUUUGAUAGCAAUAUCUCUAUCAAAUUAUACAAAAAAUUGCUUCUACAUUCCCCGCCGCCACUAAGGCUCGUUAUCAACAAGCGGCUCUAACCUUUCGAAUGCCAUACUGGGAUUGGGCUGCCACACCACCUGCUGGUGAUAAGUACUUUCCUACUGUUGUCGGACAGCCGUUGAUUCAGCUCAUUACUCCCACCUCGAAUAACAAACCAGUACAAAUCACCAAUCCCCUCUACUCUUACAAAUUUAACCCGUUGAAUCCAUUGAAGGGUGAUUUCCCUAGUACUCCGGUAUGAAUUGCCAUCUUUUAGAAAACCAUGACAUAUUGACAUGUUCAGGAAUCACGAUGGCCGAGCACUCUCCGGUAUCCAACCAACGGAAGUGCAACUGCCAAAUCCCAAGAACAACAAGUCUUUGACGCUAUGGAGUCACAAUUUGAUUCCUAUCAAAGCAAUAUUUAUCUUAUCAUGAGAGAUCCGAACUAUAAGCAAUUUGAUGCUUUUAGUAAUCAUCAAUGGGCAGCAAAUAAUGCUCCUGGUACUUAUGGUAGUAUUGAGGAUGUGCAUAAUAGUGUUCACAGUGAAACUGGUGGGAAUGGUCAUAUGGGUGAUCCUGAUUAUGCCGCUUUUGAUCCUUUGUUUUGGUUACAUCAUACGUAAGUUAAUAUUCCUGUCUUUGGUCAUACAUCCAAUAAUGCAUUGGAUGCUAUGCUUAUAAAAUUUCCCAGCAACGUCGAUCGUCAAUUUGCCAUUUGGCAAGCCUUGAAUCCUACCAGCUACGCAAUCAACAAACCUUCCAGUGACGGAACCUUUUCCAUCGAAAGCGGUGCCCAAGAAACCAGUACUACUGCCUUAACACCAUUCAACAAUGCCACUGGCAAAACUUACUGGACCUCUGACGGUGUGCGCAGCACAGUGACAUUUAAUUAUGCAUAUCCCGAGACCCAACAAUGGAAAUUUCCUACUGUCCAACAAUAUCAAACAAGUGUUCUAGCUGCAGUUCAAAAAUUGUACGGUGCUACUAGUAACCAAUUCAUGCAACUGAUGGGUGUGCAAACUGCUGCUGCCUCUGAGCCCAUUGCUGUUCAAGCGAGCCAAAUCGUGGCAGAUGGCAGUAAUACAGCUCAGAAACCUAUUGGUGAUGGUGCUGCUUCGUCACCUGGCGAACACAAAAUUUUAUCAAAUCUUCUUCAAAAUUCUGCCAAAACUAAUGCUAAGCCCGUUGACGCGGCGAGAGGUGAAGAGGACUUUGAAUCCGAGAUUGGAAAACGUAAGACGCCUUUCAUUAUUCAGCUCACAAUCAAUACGCUAACAUUGUUCAAGCAUCCGAAAAUUCUUCAAGAAGCGUAGAACCAAUUAAAUACAGAGAAUACAUUGUCAAUAUUCGCGCUCCGAAGCAUAUUCUCCAUCAAACCUAUCGCGUACGAAUUUUCCUCGGUGAUUUUGAUUCAGAUCCUGCAACAUGGGUAUGUUAGAUUUUCUACAUCCUUUUUCCUCCCUCUCUCUCUCCCUCUCUCUCUCUUUGUGCUCUUUUCUCCAUCCACAAACUAACAAGAUAAAAACCAACAGGCAACAGCCGAAUCUACAAUCGGCACCUUCUCCUCCUUUGGCAAGAACCCCGCCACCACCUCCUGCGGAAAAUGCAUCAAAGACGCCGCACGCUCCCUCAUGAUCUCAGGAACCAUCCCCCUAACCCCCAUUCUCCUCAAACUCUUCAAAUCAGGCGAUCUUGGAUCGCUAGAAGUGGAAAAUGUCAUUCCGUAUCUGAGACGAAAUUUGCAUUGGAGAGUUACGUUGGCGGAUGGUACGGAGAUUGAUAGGGGAGAGGUGGAGGGCUUGAAGGUUAGUGUGGUUAGUACUUUGGUUGGGUGUGUGCAGGGGGGUUUUCCAGAGUUUAGUGGGGUGUAUGAGGUUCAUAGUGAGGUUACUGGGGGACGGCCGGCGGGGUUAAGUGAGGGGGAUAGGGUUUGAGCUUUGCGCUGUGAGAGUGAGUUGGGAAUAGUGGUUAGUAGGAUUACUUGGAGGACGGGUAAUUGAUUUUUUUUUUGGGUUGUUUUAGGGGUAUUUGGGAUUGCGAUGUUUUGGAAUAUUAAGAAAAUUUUUUCUUUACUCUACGUCUUCAUCACUGGGGAUAUGAGGAAUGGCUUUUCACGAUUUGACGUCAUCUUUACGCAUCAUCAUCUUCG